UUAGACAAGAAGAAACAUAAUUUCACCGAAUUCAUUAGAAUUGAAUGCCAAUCGAAGUCGACCGUUGUGUUCAAAUUCAAAAAAUGCGACUCACUGUUAGAUUUCCAUCCGACAAAUCUUAUUGAAGACCCAAUUCAAAAUCCUCACAGCUCGUAACCCACAGUAAUGAUUCUUCGAGUAACCAAAGAUCUCGAAGAAACCAUGAAAACAGUGAUUCUUACUCCAAACUCCUCGGUAAAAUCCAGCACCACAACAGUCGGAGUCGGCAGCAGAGAAAAUUCUUAUUAUCCGGGAUGCAAAAAAGACGCGAAUUGCAACUGCGAAAUGUGUAUUGCAAGCUUCAACGCCACUCUUGAUUUGAUGCCGCAGACUGCUCAGAGGAGUUCGCGCACAAAACUCUCCGUUUCAAGGCCCAAAAUUCGGAGAAGCCCUGUCCCUUUCGCAUCGUCAGUUGAUGUCUCCACGCCAAAGUCGAGGAGCCCUACGAAUUCUCAGCAAACGAGAAAAGGGGGAUUCAAGUACGAGGGUUUCCUUGUUAGGUUACUUUUUGGCUUGAUUUUGGUUUUCGGCUUGGAGUUCGGCUUUUCAUGGAUGAUAUCGGGAGUUUUGAAAAGUCAAUUACUGCCGGAAUUGGUGGAGAAUAUGGCUGGAAAUUCAUGGGUUCACGAGGAUCUGAAUGGGAAAUUUAUGUUCUUGAAGAAUGAACUGGAAGGGUUUGUGGGAAUUAGGGUUUCAACCUGCAAUUCUGCUAAUUCUGUGUGGAAAAUCACUCAGGAUGGUUUGUUGCUGAAUUCGCGGUGCGUGUUGUAUAAAUCAAUGGCAGAGGAGGUAAGCAUUUGGGGAUGGCCAUUGCAGACUGCUGGAUUGCUUACUGCUGAAUAUUAUUCAAGAUCAUUCAGCAUUAUAAAUGGAAGAGUUACUGAGUGGUCUGGUGGCAAAGCCGGUUAUUUUGUUCGGACCGCAAAUAGUUCGUGGGUGCAAGACAAAUGGAGUUCCUCUGUCGUACAGUUUGAUCCUAACACGUGGCUUCUGGAGUACAGACAGAGCUUUCUCCUGCAAAACGCAAGACCGGUUUCUGCUACUCUCAAGUUCUUGAAGUUGAGGCUGACAAGAGAUUUCAGAAAAAUGAGCCAAGAAUUCUGGCUACAAUCUGCUAGUUUUGGUGGUCGUUGGGAGUUUAGAAGGCGGGCUAGACUAACCACUCUGGCACCUACUUAAGUGAAGAAUGUCUUAAACAAUACACAACUUCUCAUUACUGAUGUAGCAAUAUUUUUCAUUGUAGAAGAAAUAGGAUUCUGUUCUUGUCUAUAUAUGGUGGUUAAUAACAAUGAUGUAGAGAUUUAUUCUUCUCCAGCAA